GAGAGAGAGAGAGGACUAGAGGAGGCUCACUUUGUUCGCCAACACCCCCGAGCAUGGCGGACCGGUAUGGUAAUAGUGCGCUCCGGAAACGCGGGAAUGCCUGCGGGAGUGCCGAUAGUGGAUAACCCGGAUAACCGGUGCCGCGCGACGUCGACGUGGACGUGGACGGGGAGAAGAGCGGCGGCCGCAGGGAUAUCUCUCGGUAACGGCGCUAUCGCCGCCCGGAUCCGCGGCGGAACCUCGACGGAGUAGCGGUCGGCGGGAUUUUGGCGGGUAAAUCGGACGGGCGACGCGAGACGCGAAGCGACCGCCGACGCUCAAUGGGAUGCCGGACGAGCCUUCUCGGCUGAGGACACCGAGGACUCUCGACGAGGCGCGAUGACGCGCGUGAAACGGAACGGGACGCGCUCGUAAUCCCGAUAAUAACUGCAGUUGACGUUCGCGGGCGGUUAUCGCGCGUCGCUCUCGUUAGAACGGGCAUUCCCGCUGGCAUCUCCUGCAUAUCUGCAUCUUUGCUCGCGCGCGGGGAUCCGCGGGUCGAGCGAAUGUCGUGAUACUCGGUGAUACUCGGUGAUAUCGUCUGGAGGAAAAGGCUCGGGCUCUCGGGCAUAUCGGGUGCGCGACGCGCGACAACGCGAAGCUAGUGGCGACGGGCGACGGUUUUGGCGCGCGUAUUUUCAGCUGUCGCGCGCGACCGGCAGAUGGCCGGUACCGCGGCACGCCGGCUCACGGACACGCCGACACGCACACCCACACGGACGAUCGACCACCGCCACUAGUGCCGCGAGCCGCAACCAGUACGGCGAGGGUGCCGCCGUCCGGUCGGGCGGGCGCGCGCACUUAUGAAAGGCGGCGAGGAACGACGCGCUGCCGCCGCGUAAACGCGAAGCGAACGCGUCCGCUGCUCGAGUGUUCACCGCGGUCCGCGAAAGUGCCUUCCGCCCGUCCGAGUCUGCCUGAAUCGUCGCGAGGGGCGCGCUCGCGCGCUGCUGAGGAUAACUCCGAGAGCUGGGCUACUUCGGACACAAUCGCAUUACCAGGAUGCCUCGGGUAAGGAGACAAGUGAUCCUGGAGGAUCCAGCCAGGCCGGUUACUCCGGACAUGGUGGACACAAAGUUGUUAAAGCCCGAGUUCCUGGAUGACGGUUCUUUGGAUGAGAUCCAACCUUCAAAAGUGGCGGAAGAAACACCGAGCCCUCACUUACAGGAUCAUCAGUACGGACAAACGCCUUGUUAUCAAAUAGCGAGAAAACCCACGCAACCACCACCAAGAGCUGAGAUAUCAGUUCAAGCGGUAAAAAGAAGACUGAAUUUGGAGGUAGGGACAACUGGCCCCAGCCAGUCUGCCUUCAAAGCACCCAGAGGUAAACGCAGAAGAUCCGGCUCGAAUUCUUUAGCCGGUCAUACACCUACCAAAAGUAAAACUGUAGAGAGGACACGAUAUGACACGUCUUUGAGUUUGCUCACAAAGAAGUUCAUUCACUUAGUCGAGAGCAGUCAGGAUGGUGUGGUGGACUUGAAUGUAGCGUCAGAGAAGUUGGAGGUACAAAAACGUCGUAUAUACGACAUUACUAAUGUUUUAGAGGGCAUCGGUAUCUUAGAGAAGAAAAGUAAAAACAAUAUCCAGUGGAAAGGCGGUCAGUUACCGAACAAUCGGAACGAUAUCGCUAAUCUGAGAAGGGAGGUCGCGGAUUUGGAAGCUAAAGAGAACACCUUGGAUCGACUGAUCCACGGUGCCGAUAAGAAUCUUCGCGAACUCUGCGCGGACAGACAAUACGCUUAUGUGACGUAUCAUGAUUUACGUUCAGUCUCAAUGUACAAAGAACAAGUUAUUAUGGCUGUGAAGGCCCCGCCGGAAGCUACACUCCAUGUCCCGCAACCGAUCAAUAACUUCGGUCAACAAAAGCUUCAAAUGCACAUGAGGUCGGAAAACGGAGAAAUAGGUGUGUUUCUGUGUCCUGAGGAUUCCACAGUCAAAACGUUACCCUAUCCCGGGUACGCGACAACGCAAUCUGUGCCUCAAUCAAAAGAAUCCGAUUUAUCUUGUUUGCCUCCUGAAUUGUUGAUUAAUCGAGAAAGCGACGAGCAAAUCGAGCCAGUACCUUCCGACGAGAGUUUCAUAAAUACUCGUCUAUGUACUCCCGUAACUACAGUUACCAGUAUAACAAGCAUGAAGGACGCGUUCUUAUGCGAAUCCGAUGAUUAUGGACCAAUGGGCGGUGGUAAAUUCCAACUCCAAACAGAGGACCAAAUCAGCUCAGAUCUGAGUAUUCUCGAUUUUGGAGAACAACUACUGACUUUGGAACCGCCUCUCUCCGAAAACGACUACUCGUUCUCGUUAGGCACCGAAGAGGGUCUUUCGGAUCUCUUCGAUUUUAAUAUUUAGAAAUAUCAACCGCUUAUUGCACGGGCGUUUGUGUCUUUUUGGGCUGUUCCUCAAACAGACAGAAUUGCUUCGUCAGUUUUACAAUGCGCCUUCGCAGUGGUGGUUGACAGUUUCGUUCCGCACGUCGAUCUUCGUGAGGAAUCACGAGCAUACAAAGACCUUUUUGUUUAUUUACUGUCUCUUCAAGCACGCAAUUUUCUACCUGGAAUUUGUUUUCCGCAUUUUUUGUACUUAUAAGACGUCACGCUUAAAAGAAUAGCUAUAAGAUAAUCAAGACACACCAGAGGCAAUUUUAAAUUUUAUUCUACAGAAACCAAAGACAGAUUGUAUAAAUUGCACUAUAUAAUGCAUUAUAUUUUUCCGUAAAAUAAUUUUACACUAGCCAAUUCAUUAUUAUCUGUCCCAGAUAAAAAUUCUAAAGGAAUGCUAUUGAUCUGAUUGCGCCAAAAUAUUUUAAUCGUACCAUUUUAAUUUCUUAUUGGAUCACAAACUCUGAAUGUGAAGAAGCCAAACCGCGAGGCACAGGAUAAACAUAUCACAAUAUUGUUAAUGCGUGCUUUCGGCAUGGUCUGCGUUGAUCGCGUUCGCGGAAUGGAUUGCGAAGACAUUAGACAAAGAGAUAGGAGAGGAAAGAGAGUGUAUGUAUGCAUAUGUGUGUAUCUAUGUUUGUCGUGUGCAUGUGUGCAAGGAAGAAAGGGAGAGAAGAAGGAAGAAAAGUUGAAGAGCGAAGGCGCUUUUUCGUGCAAUCUGUAAUAAUAUUGUAAAUUGAGCUAAGAGAUAGAAGAAAGAAUGUAUUUGGGAAUUCAGAGAGAGGACAGACUGUACUCGUGUCGGACAACGAUCUGAUUGCUUUCCGUAGUUGUCCAACUGUAAAAUGAAUGAGACGGUUAAUGUCAUCGAAUUCUUUCUGAUAUAAGGUUUUGUUUGACGGAGAGGAGAGGGAGAGGAGAGAGACGAGAUUGCGAGGAUUAUUCCGUACGCUCGCGCGCGCGAGAAACGACUGUGUGCGUAUUAUCGGGACUUGGAUUUUCUAAGUUAAAUAUGCAACAGUAGAAUUCAUCGUUUUCCCUCCGGACGAUAUUUUUUUUAAUAACGAAUACAUAUUGCCUUGUUAAUAAAUUCGACAGUAUGGUAGUCUUAUUUCGCGUGCUUUUGUAACUCCGACCGGUCGAAUGACAAAUCAAGAUAAAUAAACGUCGUUUUCCGUUUUAAAUAUAUUAUUUUAUUCCUCGUUAUUCAUUGAAAGGGAAAUGGAACGCGAUGGCCACUAAUCGUUUUAUGAUGAUUAUGUUACUAGCCGGUUUUAGAAGGAGUCACACGCUGAUCAGCUUUUUAUCGAUGUCACGAAGACGAACGUAGAUAAAGUCAAAACGUACAUAUGUACAGUGGCGAAAACGAGUGAAAGAUCUUAGACUAUAUUGUCAUAUUUAAAUGCGUAUUUAAUCCCAAUUCGCAAUCGAUCAUAUUGUCUAAGAUCCUAAGAUUUAAGACGCAGUACUAUUCUGGACUUGAUCACGGGAUUUUUUUUAAAGAGAGUUUCUUGCCGGUGAACUUGGAUACUGUCGAGUAACGCGGUGCUGGAAUUGUUUUAUCGAGCGAGAUUCGUGUAGAGAUACCUCUUCUUGUUCCUCGAGAUCUCAAGGAUACACUGGAAAAAAUUGUCUGGAAGUCCCUCAAGGAUGUACCCUAACGUACAACUUAGUGUACGUCCAAAGCCAUAGUGCCUACAAAAUAAUGAUCAUACCCUUCUGCAAUUGUAAAUACUUAACAAAACAAUUAUACAAGUGUAAGCUCGCAUCAUAAAUAUACGUAUGUAUACAUUACAUACACCCCUCACACAUACAUACGCGCACAUAUAUAUGUGUGUG